CUUACCAGGGGCGCGCGCGCGCCAAACAAAGGCAGGCAGGGCGCGCAGACACCGGGGAGUGACUGACCCCACCUCACGCCCCACCCCACCACCCCCGGCGGGGACCCCGCGGACGAAGCCAGCCCGGAGGAGAGAGCGGGGCUGGCGGGUGGGCGAGAGGCGCUUUCGGUGAGCCACCAUGGCCAUCGCCCACAUCGCCACCGAGUACGUCUUCUCGGACUUCUUGCUGAAGGAGCCGUCGGAGAGCAAGUACAAGGGGCUGCGGCUGGAGCUGGCCGUCGACAAGCUGGUCACCUGCAUCGCCGUCGGGCUGCCCCUGCUGCUCAUCUCGCUGGCCUUCGCGCAGGAGAUCUCCAUAGGUACCCAGAUGAGCUGCUUUUCUCCAAGUUCGUUUUCCUGGCGCCAGGCUGCUUACGUGGACUCCUACUGCUGGGCGGCUGUACAGCAAAAACAGCUUUCAGAGAGCGACUCGGGGCACCUUCCACUCUGGCUUCAUAAAUUUUUCCCAUACAUCCUCCUGCUGGUUGCAAUCCUACUGUACCUGCCAUGUCUCUUCUGGCGCUUCACCUCGGCCCCCCACCUUUGCUCAGACCUGAAAUUUAUUAUGGAAGAACUCGACAAAGCCUAUAACAGGGCAAUCAAAGCCGCAAACAGCUGCCGCAGUGGGGACGUGAGGGGCUCAUCUCCAGCCAUUAAUGAGAAUAUGGCUCAGAGUUUCUGGGAAAUAUCCGAAAGCCACUUCAAAUACCCCAUUGUGGAACAGUACCUGAAGACGAAGAAGGGCUCCAAGAGUUUAAUAAUCAAGUACAUUGUUUGCCGUUUGCUGACCCUGGUGAUCAUUCUGCUUUCCUGCCUCUACUUGGGAUAUUACAUCAGCCUCUCCUCAAUGACCGAUGAGUUUAUCUGCAACAUCAAAACCGGGAUAUUGAAGAACGACACCACUGUUCCCGAACGCGUCCAGUGCAAACUAAUUGCCGUCGGUGUCUUCCAGCUCCUCAGCUAUAUCAACAUCAUUGUGUACCUCUUGCUCAUGCCCAUUGUGGUCUAUGCGCUGCUGGUCCCUUUCAGGCAGCGCACAGACAUUCUGCAAGUCUACGAGCUCCUGCCGACGUUUGAUGUCCUCCAAGUCAAGACCAAACACUACAACGACUUGAGCCUCUACCUCCUCUUCCUCGAGGAAAACGUCAGCGAGCUUAAAUCUUACAAGUGCCUCAAAGUUCUGGAGAACCUGAAAGGCAGCGGCGAGAAGUUCGACCCCAUGCAACUCUUGAUGAAUCUCGGCUCGAUUAAAACGGACGUUGCGGACGGCAAGUCAGCCACCGUCAAAGACGACUCUGGAAAGAAAGCAGAGCCGGAAAAGGCAAACAGUGAGAUAGAAUUGAAGGGUGCAACAGAACAGACGUCACCUGGCAACGGAGCAAAAGCAGGUAAAGAAGAUGCCAAACUUCGCCAGAGGCUUCUUGAUUCUUCUUGCUGAUGGGCCCAUGUAGCGAUUUGUGGAUUGUGACUCUUCUUCCCAGUUACUCCAGCGUAAGCCAUACUGAACACUGGAUGCUCUUCUCAUUGUUGAGUGUGUAAGCGGGCUGGGAGUUGGAAAACCACUCUGGGGAGACGGUGUACUCCCCAAGACUCCGUUGUGUCUUCCUGGUGGCCCUCUGGCUGGCAUCAUCCCUUCAGUCCAGAGUGCCAGGUCUUUCAGCAUCAUGUAGCGAGAAGAACAAGACUCAUCAGUAGUUCGAAACUACUUUAUUUACAACCUGUGUACAGAGACUUCAUAAUCACGUCUGUGUUCUCCGAACUACAGUACAGAACUGCGACACAACAGAAGUGAAACUAAACACAUACAAUAACAACCUCAGAAGGAAGAGAUAAGACAGUCUUCCGUUCCCACUCUCUCUCUCAGUCACUCAUGUGAUUUACACCAAACCUAACAGUCCUUGCUGAAGCAGCUAAGGAUCGCUAAAAUACUAACAGGCAAACCAUAGUUUACAAGCUUUUUAUAUGCCUAUGUUUACAUGCCUGCCCAGCCCCUAUGUCUUCUGGCCAACUGUUGAGGUUAUGUAUGCCAAUUCUGUGGGAUAGAAACGAUGGAAGAAAGCCCAUGUUGUAAGUAAGACACAGAGAGAAAUAUACUGGGUGACCCGAAGGAAAAAGGAGUUAGCUCUUCUCUUCUCCCAAUUGAACCCUUGGGGCCUAGUUGUACACAGGUGUGGAUAUCACAGCAUAAGCCUAACUAUGUCUACUCUGAAUUAAAUCCUAUUGAAUUUAAUGCAACUUACUCCUAGGUAAGGAUUGCGGCCUUAAUCACUCUAGACUUGAGUCUGGUUCGCAUGUGUGCAUGUACGCACUUGUUUCCUGUUUGAUUAAUGACCAUGCACUUAAAACCAAGCUAACCAGCAACUAGACCUCUGAAAUUAGGAAUAUUUCAUGGACUUGGAUAAACCCGAAGAGGUGGAGUGAACUGUGGAGAUAAGACUGCAGGGGGAAAAUGCUGGUUUUUUUCAUGAUCUUUCCAAACAUGGGGAAAUCAUGUCCUCUUUCAGUUGUUUGUCGAAACAAAUAUGCACCUGCUAAAUAUAUACAUAUUUAAUCUGCUGUGGUGUCAGAACCACCACUGUGAUGCAGAAUAUAUGCAUAAUAAUUCAGGUAACUUGCCUAAACGGUUCUAGUUACAGGUAGGUAGCUGUGCUGGUCUGCCAUAGUCGAAACAAAAUAAAAAAAUUCCUUCCAGUAGCACCUUAGAGACCAACUAAGUUUGUCAUUGGUAUGAGCUUUCGUGUGCAUGCACACUUCUUCAGAUACCUGAAGAAUCUGAAGAAGUAUCUGUGCAUGCACACGAAAGCUCAUACCAAUGACAAACUUAGUUGGUCUCUAAGGUGCAACUGGAAGGAUUUUUUUUUAUAUUGCAUAAACGGUGCUCCUCUUGUUCUCGUUAUUUCAGUUGUGACGCACAUGCAAGAGAGCCAUCUGUGUGCCCCUUGGGAUUUCCCUGCAAUUUUCUGUGUGGGAAAUGCUUUGGACUUUCCUUGGUCAGCUGCUCCUGUGUUUCUGGGGAAGGUGCCCUACAGUCACCCCUGCUCCCUUAGAGAAAAUGGACAGCCCUAAAAACUGAAUUAGACCUGUUGCUUUGGGAAGAUGACUGACCGCGAAACUGGGCUUUCUUUGCAGCCGGGGUUCCUCCUUGCACAGAGGAACUCCUCAUGCGCACAAGUGUAGAUCUCUUUCCCAUUAUAUCCAAAGGCGUUGGAUGUUGCAGGCAGCAGCAGCAGCAGCAGCCAGGGUGCAGCCGUGACAUGACAGAAGCAGCAGCAGUGGGUGGGGCUGCCUUGUAGGGACUGCAGCCCCCUCGGGUGCUCUUCAAACUGCAAGCAGGAAAAACCUCUUUUAAGGACAAGGCUGCUCGUUUUGAAAAACACCAUUUCAGCGCUAUCCGCAUUGAUGCAGUGUUUUCUUCUAUUGCUACUCUGUGGAGAACCUUUGUGCCUACAGAUGUCCCUGAGCUACAAGUCCCCUCUUCAUGGGCCAUGCUCCUGGGGCAGAUGGGAGCUGUAGUUUAACAAAGGGCCAGAGGUACCUGCAUUAAGGGGGAUUUGACAAAGAUCUACAAUAGGGCUAAAACCAACCUUGACCUUACCAACUGUUGCCUGCAGCAUUGAGUGUCGAUGGUCUUUUAACAGUGACAAAAUGCAGCUAACUGUGUGAUUAUUCGUGGCUUAAAGGGAGGUUUUGUAAUGUUCAACCCGGACACUGAGGUCCAGCUCCAAGGGCCUUCUGGCGGUUCCUUCCCUGCGAGGAGUCAGGUUACAGGGAACCAAGCAGAGGGCCUUCUCGGUAGUGGCGCCUGCCCUGUGGAAUGCCCUCCCACCAGAUGUCAAGGAAAUAAACAACUAUCGAUCUGACUUUUAGAAGACAUCUGAAGGCAACCCUGUAUCGGGAUUUUUUUAAACAUCUAAUCAUGUUUUACCAUUUUUUAUGUGCUGUAAGCUGCCUAGAGUGGCUGGGGAAACGCAGCCAGAUGAGCAGGGUAUAAAUAAUAAAGUUGUUGUUGUUAUUAUUAUUAUUAUUAUUAUUAUUAUUAUUAUUAUUAUUAUUUACUCAUGGUGUGAUGUACAGGUAGGGGAAGAUUGUAGAUCUGUCAUCCCUGCCCAACCCCCAGCGUCUUUGGAUAAAAGACUGGCAAUUGCAGUAUACCUUUGAGACCAGGCAUCCCCAAACUGCGGCCCUCCAGAUGUUUUGGCCUACAACUCCCAUGAUCCCUAGCUAAUGAGACCAGUGGUCAGGGAUGAUGGGAAUUGUAGUCCAAAACAUCUGGAGGGCCGAAGUUUGGGGGUGCCUGUUUGAGACUCCUGAAAGCUGCUGCCAGUUGUAGUAGGCAGAACAUUUUCAGUAUAUAUGUAUAUGUAUGUAUACAGUGGUACCUCUACUUACAAAUUUAAUGCGUUCCGAACACACAUUUGUAAGUCGAAAAAAAUUGUAAGUCGAAUCCCAUAGGAAUGCAUUGGGAGAAAAAAAUCGUAAGUCGAAGCAACCCUAUCUAAAAAUUCGUAAGUAGAAAAAAUCCUAUCUAAACCGCAUCCAAGAUGGCGGACGGAGCUCCAUUUGUAAGUAGAAAAAAUUCUUAAGUAGAGUUAUUUGUAAGUAGAGGUACCACUGUAUAUAUAAAUCUCUGUGUGUGAUCAUGUUCACUUUGCAUAGGAGUAUUGCAUGAAGUAGACUUGGGGGGGGGGGCGUGUUGCAUAAGAUGUUGACAGCUUGAAACAUUUCAAGUACUACUGCAAUUAUGUUUGAACAAAAUGCCUAACUGCAAUGUGACAACAGUAAGAUUUGUCGCAUUUGUUAGUGGCUGAACCAAAAGUCAUUUAUAAAAAAGAUGUGUAUGAAUAAACGUUGCCUCCUUGUGACACGUUUUCUGGAUUCUCUUGUCUUCGCUGAAUGGGAAAUGAUUUGGAAACGAAUAAUAAAUCUACCAGCAGCACUUGA